GAGGAAGAGUAUCUUUAAAAACUCUAUGUCAUAGAGUGUGUAAUAAUCUGAUUCUGUUCACAUUUUUAAGGUGCAAAUUUAUGUUGAGCUCAUUAAUUGUUCCUUUUUUUGAUUAUUUUUGUACUUAGUCUUAUCCAAUAGAUUGAUUAGGUUCAAAUUAUGUGUAAUCAACGAUCAGAGGUCGCAAACCAGCAACAGCCUGGUAAUGUGGCCACUGAUGGUCCAGCUGAAGGUGAUCAGAGGCAACAAGGUACCUCUUUUUGGAGCAUUGCUCGUGAUAUUGUUGUGAGAUGUGUCAUUAUGUAUUUUGUCGUAAACUUUUUCACAAAGAUGAACCAACCUAAAACUGCACCAUCCAGUCCAGGAGUAACCAUUGAACCAUCGACGAAUUUGUUUCACAAUGGAACCAUAAUGGACCUUUACGUAUAUAUUAAUGAGAAUCCAUCAAAAGUGGAUUUUAAUAGUCCGAAUGAGUUAAAAUGGACCCAAAAAGAACUAAUUUUUGGUGAUUGGAACAUUGGUCCUAAUCAAGAGGGUUUCGUCGAGUUUGAUACAACUAUUCCUAUUUCUAAGAGAGUUCAGAAUAACGGGUCCAUCUAUAUUCAUGUUUAUGUCACUAAAAGUGGACAUCAUCCAGACCCUAAAAAUCCCACUUAUUCUGAAUUUUUUACUGUUCAUCAGCGACAGCAAUUAAAUAAGUAUAAAAAGCGUCGAUACUCAAGUACGCACAACCUUUUAACUGGCCAAACAUCAGCUUCCAAAGAGUCCAUUGAAAAGGUUGCACAAAACAUUAAAGAGGAAAUAAUUUCUCAUUGGCAUCCUAAUCUAACAAUUAAUAUAAUUUAUGAUCAAACUCCUUGGGUACAAGGUCGUGUUCCCUCACCUUUCGAUCAAUAUAUCAGAUUCGAUAUAACUACUGGCAAAUAUUUCCCGGUUAUUUAUCUUAACGAUUAUUGGAAUCUUCAAAGAGAUUACCAGCCCAUCAAUUCUACUUUAGAGUCAAUUCCUCUUCAUCUCACUUUCCAACCUUUAUCAAUGUUCAGAUGGCAACUCUAUAUUACUCAAAAUAUGAGAUCUCAAUGGAACAGCAUUCUUGGCGCUGAUAUGAUGGAAGAAUCUGACAGUAGUCAAGAUAGUGUCAAAGAAGCUCUUCUUGAGACUUCACCUAUCCUUUUAGCUUUAACCAUAAUUGUUUCCAUAACUCACAGUAUUUUUGAAUUUUUAGCUUUCAAAAAUGAUAUUCAAUUUUGGCGUAACCGUGAAUCUUUGGAAGGUCUUUCUGUUAGAUCUGUAUUUUUCAAUGUUUUCCAAUCCGUUGUUGUAUUUCUUUACGUAUUGGACAACGAUACAAAUACCGUUGUUCGAAUCUCUAUUGGAAUAGGCUUACUCAUUGAAAUAUGGAAAAUUCCAAAAGUAACAAAUAUUGAGAUAGAUUAUCAAAAUAAAAUAUUCAACAUCAUUCCAAGAAUAAAGAUAGCUGACAAAGGAUCAUAUGUCGAAUCUUCAACUCGACAAUAUGAUGUGUUGGCGUUUAAAUAUCUUUCUUGGAUUGUUUUCCCUCUAUUUGUCGGUUACUCUGUGUACUCAUUGUUGUAUGAGGAACACAAAGGAUGGUAUUCAUGGGUCUUGGGCAUGGUUUAUGGUUUCUUAUUAACAUUCGGCUUUAUAAGUAUGACUCCACAGCUUUUUAUCAACUAUAAGUUGAAAUCAGUCGCUCAUCUUCCUUGGAGAAUGUUAACCUACAAGUUUCUCAAUACAUUUAUCGAUGAUAUUUUUGCCUUCGUCAUUAAGAUGCCCACAAUGUAUCGUAUCGGUUGUUUCCGAGAUGAUAUCAUUUUCUUAAUUUAUUUGUACCAACGUUGGAUCUAUCGUGUUGAUCCUAAACGUGUUAAUGAGUUUGGUGUCUCUGGAGAAGUAUUGGACAAAUCCAAAGACGAAAAAGAUAAACCCAUGGCAGCAAUAAAAGAUAAAGACGAUCGUGCCAGCAAUGAAGAAACCAAAAAGGACCAAUGAUAAUGUGAAAAAAACUAAGCUUAAUUUAUUUCAAGUCCACCAUUUAAUCUUAAAAUCAUUUUAUCAUAAUUUCUAGGUGAUAGUCAUGAAAUCAAUUCUGCUCUGUUAAAAAGAUUGUCAUCUGCAACAAAGAUUGAUCUAAAUUGUGAAAAUCUUGAAUUAAUAAAAUAAAACAACUGAACUAGUCAGUUUGUAUCGUACAUCUUAAA